AUGUCAUCCGCCACAACCGCCGUAUCCGCCGCCGACGCAGUAACGGUGGCCGACACGGUUGAAAAGGCCCCACGGAGAUUUCCGCCGCCGUGUUGGACCCAGGAAGAGACCUUAGCUCUGAUCGAGGCCUACCGCGAGCGGUGGUAUGCCCUCCGCCGGGGCUACCUCCGCACGGCGGACUGGGACGCGGUAGCUGCCGCCGUAACUAGUCGCUGUCCCGGAGCACCCCCUGCGAAGACCUCCGCGCAGUGCCGCCACAAGAUGGAGAAGCUCCGCCAGCGCUACCGGGCCGAGAAGCAGCGUUCUCUCUCCUUCCCUUAUCCCGCCGGACGCUACUUCUCAUCAUGGUUUUUCUUCGAGAAUAUGGAAGCCAUGGAGAACGGAACCGCCCCUCCGACGUCGGCCCAGAAGUCCGAGAAUUCAGAUGAUGGAUCUCGCUUGAAAUCAUUUCUGGAUCAGAACAUAUUAAAAUUGAAGCUCAAGGCAACGAAUAACGACGGCUCGGGAGCGGAUUUAGGCUUCGAUAAUGGUGUCAAAGGAAAGAGAUUCAAUUCUGGGACUAAGAUGCCGAGCCAGUACUCCCCUUUCUUGGAUAUGGAAGUUGUUGAAAAAGAAGAAGAUGUUAUGCCUGAAGAUGAGGGUCUUGUAAAUUACGGAAGGAGAAAGGCGAUGAAUGCAACUCCACAGCCUCCCCCGAAAUCUAAAUCUAAAAGACCAAACAAAAUGUUCAACAACUUGGAUGUAAGCGGGGCAUUUCAUCAAACAAGAGGCGGGCUUCAUCAAGAAAUGCUUCCCCCAGGAUUAAGGAUGAAGAAACUUGGAAAGUUGGAUCAAAACAUGGAGUCUGACAACAAUAGGAUCAACAACACAACCGAAGAAUUCUGGGUAAAAGUCUCCAACAAUAACAACAACAAUAAUCAAAACUCGGGGCCUCCAAGUUUCAGAACCAAGUACUGGGCAAGCAUAGAACCAAGCGCGAAUUCAAGAAAGAGAGAAAGGGACGCAUUAGAGGAGAUAGUGGCGUCGAUCAAAGUGCUGGGCGAAGGGUUCGUGAAAAUGGAGAAAGCGAAGAUGGAAAUGGCCCGAGAAAUGGAGGCGAUGCGAAUGGAAAUGGAGAUGAAGCGGAACGAAAUGCUGCUUGAAUCACAAAAGCAGAUCGUAGACGCAUUUCUAAAGGGAUUGUUUGAGCUGAAGAAGAGCAAGAAAGUAAAAACAACAACAGAUUCGGCAACAGAAGACCCUUAA